CCUGCCCCGCCGGUCUGAGCGCCGCGCCCGCCGCCUCAAACGAGUCCGUCAAGAGGAAGGUGCGUGCGCGCAGCCACACCGCGCUACCGCGUCUGCAGAGGAGCGCCCCAGCACGGCCAUGGCCACGGCCAGGACUAACUUAGUGCGAAGGACUGUGUCAGUGUGAGUGCGUGAGUGCGUGAGUGCGUGGCCCGCCAAAGUGACAAAGUGUGCCUAACUGGAUUAACCUACAGCAGCCAUGAGGCUCUCCGCGCGCAUUUUGCUGGUGGUCAUCCUAGCCCUGGUCGGCAUCUGCAACUCCGACGGCGACCUGGACGAGUCGUCCGAGCGCCUGGAUGACUUUGGCGACCUCUCCCUGGAUGACAACGAGUCCGAGCCGCACAGCGACCUGUCACACCUGUCGGACGACGAGUUCCUGGCGGGCGACGCGGAGGGCGGCGCGGCGGCGGGGCCCGGCCAAAGGCCCGGCCAAAGGCCCGGCCGGCCCGGCGAGGUGCAGGCCGAGAAGUCCGCCAUGAUGCUGCGGGUGAUGGGCGCCACGCUCAAGCGGCCCGGCAUGACGCAGCGCUUCGGACAGAUCCUGCCCAUCAUCAGGGUGAUGAGCCCGCCGCAGCGACUGGCGCUCGCCGCCCUCGUCAUGCAGCAGGCCAUGGUGCCCGAGCACGUCAACGACCCCCCGCUGCAGAUGGCCAUGAAGCUGGGCGCCACCCCGGACGGCAAGAGCAACCUGACGACGCAGCUGCUGCUGCCGCUGAGCGCCGACAUCGCGCACAUCUUCCGCGGGGCCGGACUGCCCAAGGCGGGUGAAAAUCUCUAUAUUAUGGUAAAUUCUCUAUAUAUUUAUGGUGGUGCAGUUGACUUAAAUCACACCAUGAAGAAUUCACUUCAUAUAGAUUUUGACGAAUUUCAUUUUCGUAUUGGAGAAAAUCUUCACCAUAAUAUGGCGGUGCAGAGCCUUUCACCAUAG